UGGGGCGAUAAAUGCCGAGGUGGCAGCGCCUGUGGCGGAGACUGCAGGCCAGGCGGCGACAGCUAUGCAAGCUUCCCAGAAGAGUAGGUUUGCGGAUGCGGAGUUGGAUGCCGAUGAGGCAGUGCCUGUGGCGGAGACUGCAGGCCAGGCGGCAACCGCUGCGGCGGCAGCUAUGCAAAUGCAAUCUUCCCAGAAGCGUAGGUUUGUGGAUGCGGCGUUGGAUGCCGAGGAGGCAGCGCCUGUUGCAGUGACUGCAGGGCAGGCGGCGGGGCCAAUAAAUGCCGAGGAGGCAGCGCCUUUGGCGGUGGCGACGCAAGCUUCCAAGAAGCGUAAGUCUGUGGCUGUGGCGUUAAAUUACAAGGUGCCAGCGCCUGCGACGGUGACUGCAGUUGAGGCGACGGCGGCGCCAUUGCAAGCAUCCAACAAAUGUAAGUUCCAGAUCAUCGACGUGGACCAAGAUCCACAAGGGAGCACAGACCUCGAUGAUGCGGGGAGUGUCGAUCACAUCGGCCGCCUCCCGGACGCCGUUCUCUGAGUAUCGUCUCUCUUCUCCCCACCAAGGAAGGUGCCCGCAUGCAAGUCAUCUCUCGCCGAUGGCGUCCGCUAUGGCACUCCGCUCCUCUCAACCUCGUGGUGGACCAAGAACUCAACAGCAACAACCACAAUUUGGGCGAUUUGAUUUCAAAGAUUCUCUCUGUGCAUCCUGGCCCCGCACGCCGCUUCUCGCUCUGCCUCUCUAGUAGCAAGUAUCAUGGCAAGAUCAAAGGCUGGCUUAGUUCCCAAGCUCUGGACAAGCUACAGGAGUUUGAGCUCAUCCCCGAGCGUUGGUUCGACGUCAGGGGUAUUUUCUACCUGCUGCCAUCGUCCGUCUACCGCUUCGCGCCCACGCUCCGUGUGGCCAAAUUCGGCGCCUGCCGUUUCUCCAAUUUGAUUGUGAAGCUGUCGCUCAAGUUUCCGUGCCUCAAGCAGCUCACCCUGGAUAGAGUCACCAUCUCGGAGGAUGCUCUCCACAGCGUGCUCUUUGGCUGCUCUGCCUUGGAAAGCCUUGAGCUAAAUAAAAAUUCUGGCUUUGGUCGCCUCUGCAUCAGCUCCCAAACUCUUAAGAGUAUAGGCUUUUGCACUAACCAGUUUAGUGUCCCUUUCCAAAAGUUGGUCAUCAAGGAUGCCCCGUGCCUUGAGAGAUUGCUACCACUUGAACCACAGGUUGGCCCAAGGACCAUACGGGUAAUCUCGGCACCUAGACUGAACAUAUUGGGUGUGCUCUCUACAAGCAUAACAGAACUUCAGCUUGGAACCACAGUUUUCCGGAGUAUGAUUGCUGUUGGCUUGACAACCAAAAUGCAGAGCGUGAGGGUGUUGGUUCUUGACUACACUAAUCUGGAUAUAGUGGUUAACUUCCUCAAGUGCUUCCCCUGCUUGGAGAGGCUGCAUGUCUUUUUCCGGUUCCAGAGGAUGAGUUAUAAUAAUCGGGGGGAGUAUGACCCACCGGAACCGAUUGAAUGCCUUGAGCUGCAUCUCAAAGAAGUAUUGUUUAACAAUUAUGACGGCACCGUCCCUUUGUGUAUUGACUUUGCCAAGUUCUUUGUUUUGAAUGCGAAAGUGCUAAAGGAAAUGAAAAUCACAUUGCCUUACCACCGGCAGUACAACUGGUUUGCUAAUCAACACUGGCUGCUGUGGACCAAAGAUAGAAUUUCUCAAGAUGCUCGGAUUGAACUGAGAUGCGGCAAUAAUGUUUAUUUCAGAGACAACAGGAACACCCAUGAUUUGUCAAUGGCUGAUCCGUUUGACGUGCCCUCCAGCGGAUGCAAAAAGUGUAGUGGAUCCCCAUUUUGAAUGUCUAGUGUUCAAAGCCCAACUUUAUGUCGCUGCUUUUUUUUUCUAGCCUGACUCUCAAAGAUAGGAUUUACUUCACUCGGUGAUGGAAUGUUUUGUGGCCUACUCAGAAUUAUACCUGGUGGCGAAGGAGGUGGUGUCUAAGCUCAGGCUGCAAAUCCGAACUUGCCGCUUGAAGGGGUUUGUCAGUAGUUUAUUUUAUAUGUGUUUUUGCGCUUGUUUAGAUCUGUAAUGCUUAGUUAGUUGUGGUAAUCUGUUUUGUUGUUUGGUCCUGUAAUUUAAGCUGCUGACAGAAGCAGCUAGUACUAUUAUUAUCUACUGUAUCCUAUAACUCGCUUUAGUGAAAAAGGAUUUUUCAUGCCUUCUGU